AUGGGAACCAGAAUAAUAUCCCCUACAACCCAGGGUUUGGUACCUUUUCCUGUCAGGACUCAGAUCACCAUGAUUUCUGUUGGGAAAACCUUCAGUGCAGUGUGGCUGUCUGGGAUUUUGAGGGGUUUGAGACAAGGAGAGCACUCUGCAUACUCUAUAAUAAAGGAUCAGAGGUACAACGAUGCAGCCCAGAUUCUCACCUACAUCUUGGAGAACAAUCCAACUUCACGUGCAGCAUUGUCACUCCUGGGAUACAGCUACUUUUACAUGCAAGACUUUGUGAAUGCUGCCAACUGCUAUGAGCAACUUUCACUGCUAUAUCCAGAGUACCUUCUCAUG